AUGGAGGAGGAGACGCUGUCCCUCGCCGCCGUGACCGUGCUGGCUGUUCUGGAGCAAGCUUAUUUCUCUCUCCAGGUGAUCAGCGUCAGGAGGAAGUUCUCGGUGACGCCUCCGGCUACGACCGGUCCACCGGAGUUCGAGCGAGUCUUCAGAGCUCAAGCAAACUGCUCCGAGUAUUUCCCGAUCUUCAUCAGCGUCCUGUGGACGGCCGGAGUCUUCUUCAGCCCAGGUCUGUCCUCGGUGUGCGGGCUGCUGUAUUUAUACGGACGUUUCCGUUACUUUCGUGGUUAUUCGGAGUCGGCUCAGGGACGGCUGGCGCCGCUCUACUUCAGCGCUCAGGUUCUCUGGGCUCUGAUUGGCCUCUCGUCUCUGGGCAUCGUCCACUCCUUCUUCAGAGUUUACCUGAACCUGGACGUCCUGCAGCAGCUCGGCUCCGCCCUCGACCUGCCCUGAGGCGCCUGGAAGGUCAAA